UUACACUGGUAUUUUAGUUUGGUCAAAAAAUGUAACCCCAUUGGUAUGUUUUACUGUUAUGUUAUUCCUAAAACCGAUACUCUUUUGAAAUAGAAAGCAUUGUUCUCUCUAUCUCUCAGCAUCCACAAACAAGACCGAACCCUAAACGCACUUCAAUUCAACAAAGCUCACACAGAUCAGAGAAGUAGAAGAUGGCACCAUCUUUAACUUCUCUUUCCUUAUUCGGAAUUUUCCUAACCCUAACCCUAACUCUUGUUCACUUCGCACAUGCUAAUUCAGAAGGAGACGCUCUGUACACACUGAAACGAAGCCUCACCGACCCUGAUAACGUCCUCCAAAGCUGGGAUCCGACCCUAGUUAGUCCUUGUACUUGGUUCCAUGUCACCUGUAACCAAGACAAUCGUGUCACUCGAGUGGAUCUUGGUAAUUCUAAUCUAUCUGGACAUUUGGUACCUGAACUCGGGAAGCUAGAGCAUCUGCAGUACCUUGAGCUGUACAAAAACAACAUUCAAGGAACUAUUCCUCCAGAGCUUGGAAACCUGAGGAGUCUUGUUAGCUUGGACUUGUAUAACAACAACAUAUCUGGAACUGUCCCACCUUCAUUGGGAAAAUUGAAGAAUCUUGUUUUUUUACGACUUAAUGACAAUCGACUAACUGGCCCAAUCCCUAGGGAACUCAUUGCUAUUCCAAGCCUUAAAGUAGUGGAUGUCUCCAACAAUGACUUAUGCGGUACAAUUCCUACCUCUGGGCCAUUCGAGCACAUUCCAUUGAAUAACUUUGAGAAUAACCCUCGUCUGGAAGGUCCAGAGUUGUUGGGACUCGUAAGUUACGACACGAACUGCUCAUGAAUAACAUGAUGCUGUAGGAUAUCAAUCAACACUGUUGAACUAUAUAUGUGUAUUCUAAAAUCGAAGUGUGUUACGUCAUAGUGUAAUGGGGUGUGGUGUAUAUGUAAAUUUACAUACUGAAGAGCAUUGAGAUUUGUAACAGUAUUAUGAUUUUCCACUGAAGUUUACUACUUGAGAGUAUCUAUCUAUUGAUGUAAAAUACUAGAAAAGAAAACAACUUGGUCACUGAUAAAAUAUUUGUGGCGCAGUAGUAAUGCUGUUUGUUAGUUCCUAUUGCAAGCCCUGUUAUUAUUUCUUUGUCAAUGGCAGUGCAACUUAUUAGGAA